AGCGCCUUUGAGAACAGAAUGUUAAUGCUUGAUGGGAUGCCGGCAGUCAGAGUCAAAACAGAGCUGCUGGAAUCCGAGCAAGGGUCUCCAAACGUCCACAACUACCCAGAUAUGGAAGCUGUACCCUUGUUACUAAACAACAUGAAGGCAGACCCCGUGGAGGAUUCAUUAUCUACAGACCAUUUCCAAACACAGACUGAACCAGUGGACUUGUCAAUAAACAAAGCCAGGUCGUCCCCUACAGCAGCUUCAUCUUCACCAGUUUCCAUGACAGCAUCAGCCUCCUCCCCUUCCUCUACUUCUACUUCUUCUUCUUCUAGUCGACCAGCUUCAUCACCCACAGUAAUAACAUCGGUAUCCUCAGCAGCAUCUGUACCGUCAGUAUUAACGCCGGGUCCUCUUGUGGCCUCUGCAUCUGGUGUUGGAGGCCAGCAGUUUUUGCACAUUAUUCAUCCAGUACCACCUUCAAGCCCCAUGAACUUGCAGUCCAACAAAAUGAGUCACGUGCACCGUAUCCCCGUGGUGGUACAGUCGGUACCUGUUGUCUAUACAGCUGUGAGAUCACCUGGGAAUAUGAACAACACUAUAGUAGUACCACUGUUGGAGGAUGGGAGAAGCCAUGUCAAAGCACAAAUGGACCCCCGAGGCCUAUCUCCCAGACAAAUUAAAAGUGACAGUGAUGAUGACGACCUGCCAAAUGUGACCUUAGAUAGCGUUAAUGAAACUGGAUCUACAGCGCUCUCCAUAGCCAGAGCAGUACAAGAUUCAAUUUCACCGUUCAGUAUUGAAAGCACAAGGCGUCAGAGAAGGUCCGAAUCUCCAGACUCCAGGAAGCGGCGCAUCCAUCGGUGUGACUUUGAGGGAUGCAACAAAGUAUACACGAAAAGUUCCCACCUGAAGGCUCACCGGAGGACGCACACAGGAGAAAAACCCUACAAAUGUACCUGGGAAGGCUGCACCUGGAAGUUUGCUCGCUCCGACGAACUGACGAGGCAUUACCGCAAGCACACGGGAGUGAAGCCAUUCAAGUGUGCAGACUGUGACCGCAGCUUUUCCCGCUCGGAUCACUUGGCGCUCCACCGCCGCAGGCACAUGCUGGUUUGAGAAACGCUACCUGUUCCAGCCGAGUUUAAGAGCUGGGUCUCUUAACUACCGGGAGUGAAUUCAGCAGGGCUGAAUCCCCCUCUACAGUGUUAACAGGCAGGGCUUUCCCUGAUGUCUGUAACAAAAAAAUAGUAACAGAAAUUAAAAACAAACAAACAAAAAAGCAGGAAAAGAAGUGCCACUCUUCUCCUCGCCAUCUGAAGCUAACCCUGUCUGCCCCUCAGCAUGGCUACACC